UAAACACCAGAAGAAGAAGAAGAAUUAAGAAAGUUUUCAGAGAAACGUUGCUCCACUGUUUCCCUGCAGCCCACUGCUUCAGUCCAGGUUUACGGACCUUCGACUCCCACAGAACCGGAGGACCGGAACUCGCGGCUGUUUGGACCCGAAGACUCACCUAACGGACAACGGAGCUGAAUCACCGCACUGCUGAAGUUCAGAGAUUAUCGCGCAGGCAGAGAUGUUUAAGAUAAAGCGGAUCUGUUGCAUUGGGGCCGGGUACGUUGGAGGACCAACAUGCAGCGUGAUCGCUCAGAUGUGCCCAGAGAUCACGGUGACUGUGGUGGACGUCAACGAAUCCCGCAUUAAAGCCUGGAACUCUGACCCUCUGCCCAUUUACGAGCCAGGACUAAAAGAGGUGGUUGAAUCAUGCAGAGGGAAAAAUUUGUUCUUUUCCACAGACAUACCCUCAGCCAUCAAGGAUGCUGACCUCGUCUUCAUCUCUGUCAACACCCCAACCAAGACCUAUGGAAUGGGGAAGGGUCGUGCAGCUGACCUGAAGUUCAUCGAGUCGUGCGCUCGGCAGAUUGUGGAGGUGUCUGACGGCUACAAGAUCGUCACGGAGAAGAGCACCGUCCCUGUGCGAGCUGCCGAGAGCAUCAGGCGGAUAUUUGACGCCAACACCAAACCCAGCCUCAACCUGCAGGUUCUGUCGAACCCAGAGUUCCUCGCAGAGGGAACCGCAGUGCGGGAUCUAAAGGAGCCAGAUCGUGUCCUGAUCGGUGGGGAUGAGACACCGGAGGGUCAGAGGGCAAUCAGAGCCCUUUGUGCUGUGUAUGAACACUGGGUCCCCAAAUCCCGAAUCAUUACUACAAACACAUGGUCAUCUGAGCUCUCCAAACUGGCAGCCAAUGCUUUCCUGGCACAGCGAAUCAGCAGCAUCAACAGUAUCAGUGCUUUGUGUGAGGCCACAGGAGCUGACGUGGAGGAGGUGGCCAAGGCGAUUGGCAUGGACCAGAGGAUUGGCAGCAAGUUCCUCAAAGCCAGCAUUGGUUUUGGUGGGAGCUGCUUCCAGAAGGAUGUGCUCAAUCUGGUGUAUCUGUGCGAGGCCCUCAACCUGCCGGAGGUGGCGUCCUACUGGCAGCAGGUCAUAGACAUGAACGAGUACCAAAGACGACGGUUUGCUUGUCGGAUCAUUGACUGCCUCUUCAACACUGUUACCGGAAAAAAGAUCGCCCUGCUGGGGUUCUCCUUCAAAAAAGACACAGGUGACACAAGAGAGUCGUCCAGCAUCUACAUAUCGAAGUAUCUGAUGGAUGAGGGAGCCAAGCUGUUUAUCUAUGACCCCAAAGUUCUUAAAGAGCAAAUCAUUCAUGACCUCUCCCAGCCCAGCAUCUCUGAGGACAACCCAGAGAGAGUGUCCGAUCUGGUGACCGUGACCUCAGACCCUUAUGAGGCCUGCCAGAGCGCACAUGCCUUGGUCAUCUGCACGGAGUGGGACAUGUUCAGGGAACUGGAUUACGAAAAGAUUUACAAGAAGAUGCUGAAGCCGGCCUUCAUAUUCGAUGGUCGCAGAGUGCUCGACCACCUCCACGCCGACCUGCAGAGCAUCGGCUUCCAGAUCGAGACCAUCGGAAAGAAAGUGACUUCUGCUCGAAUCCCUUACACCCCUGCCAUCGUUGGUCCUCGCGCCGCUACUGCCGAGCCUCCUGCCAAGAAGGCAAAAUCCUAAAGUUGAUUUCUGGCCUCCCUGCAGCAGGCAACACCUCCUGCUUCCUUUUACUCACCAGCAGAAGGGAGGGGCCUGAACAGCAUCCUGCCCCCCUGUUGGCCAAAUAGUAGGCUUGCUGCUUCUCUGCAGCUUGGAUGGAUGACUGAGUGCCUGCAGAUCAAAUAUUUUUAUGUUUUUAGCGAUUAAAUCAUUCCAUAUGCACAGAUAACUUUACAUACCCAAAAUCAAAGUUGGCACACACACAUCAGAUAACGUUUUUUUUAUUUUUUAGAACAACACUAUAAACACGAGUCUUCUUACAUAACUUACUGUAUAAUUAAGUACUAUUAAAUACAUAGUUUUAUGAAAGGUAUUUUUAUAAAUCAUGUUGCUGUAUGUUUAUCUUCUGCACCAGUGUUCACCUAAAGGGCCAAUGCAAUAAAAUCCAAGUCUUUUAUUUGUACUGAAGAUACAAAUAUACUUUUUACAAUUCCAAUAAAUCUGCCUUUGUCAGCUUAAAUCUCA